AUGCCGCUCACAUACUCAACCAUCCCGCUCAAAGUCAAUGGCGUGCGCCUCGAAAUCUCCACCAUCCAGAACAACAAGCUCAACUCCAACCCACCAAUCUAUGCCUAUCUGGCAUUCGACGCCCCCGGGUGCGGACACUCACUUACCGACGACCUUUCCGUCGUCGACAUUCCCUUCCUAGUCGCCACCACGGAAGCAGUCCUCGCGCAUUUCGGCAUCGAUCAGUUCCACCUCAUGGGCCACUCCAUAGGCGGACUUACUGCGCUUCUGCUGGCGCAUAGGCUCCCCGAUCGUGUGUUGAGCUUCGUCGACAUCAAGGGAAACCUGGCCCCCGAGGACUGCUUCCUUAGUUGUCAGAUCUUACAGUUCCCGGCUGAUGAUCCGGGGGCGUUUAUGGAUGCUUUUAUUGUCCGUACGGCAACGGCGGAGUCGUAUGCCAGUCCGUUGUAUGCAAGUACAUUGCGCGUGAGGGUCCGGCCGGCUGCUGUUAGGCCGAUCUUUGAGUCGAUGGUGAAUUUGUCGGAUGAGGAGGAUUUGAUGGGAAUGUUUCUGGAGCUGCCCUGUAGGAAGAUGUUUAUGUUUGGGGAGGAGAAUCGGGGGUUAUCGUAUUUUCCCAGGUUGGAGAAGGAGGGAGUUGAGUUGGCGAUGAUUGUUGAAAGUGGGCAUUUUCCUAUGUAUUCGAAUCCGGUGGAGAUGUAUCGCCGGAUUGCUGGGUUUUUGGACGGUAGAGCGUGA